AUGAGCGAAGAUCACCCUCGCGUUGUGGGUGACCAUGAUGAAAGAGAAUUCGGUGCCACUGAACAACAACAACUAGAAGAGCCCUCCUAUCAUCAUCAUCAUCAUGAUGAAGAAUUAAGAGAAUAUAAUCCGAGAGAUUCAACAGACGGUUUAAUUCAUAGUCAACAACAAGAACAAUCGUAUGCUGAUGAAACCAACAACAACCACCCAUCAUCAAGAAGAGGAAUUUCCGAUAAUCAAAGAAUGAUGGAAGCGGAGGACAAUGGAACCUAUUUAUAUACCAUCGAUGAAAGAUUUCGUUCAAGACAACCAAAUAAUAAGAGAAAAAUUUCCAACUCAAUAAUAGCAUGUUGUACAUGUUGUUGCUGUUGUAUUCCUAUUGGAUUAAUUGUUAUUCUAGUUGUUUAUUUAUUAGGCUUGUUUUUGAUUGCUCCCCAAAUGACUGCAAAUUUACAUGCCAUUGUAAAUGAAUCAAAGAACUCUGGUGUCACUUCUGCUUCUUCAACCAUUAGAAAAGGCACCAUUUUUCAAAACGGCCUUCAAUAUGUUCUUUUGCAUAAUUCAUUCAUUAAGAAUCGAUUCACAUCAUUGAUGCAAGUAUAUACUGGAAGUUGUAACGAAGAAAACGGAGAGGAAGGUAUUGCCCACAUGGUUGAGCACAUGGCUUUUGACAACUCGAAAGAAUUUCCAGGUAGAGGUGGUGUGUGGAAACAAAUAGAAACAAGUGACGUGGGAGAAUUUAAUGCAUACACCUAUUUUAGAAGUACAGUUUAUGAGUUAUACAACUCAAAAAUUAGUUCAAAUGUUGAGGAAAGCUUUGAACGAAAUAUGAAAAUUCUCUAUAAUCAAGUUCAACUUGCAGAAGUUCUAGACGACAGUUUAGAAACUGAAAAAGGAGCUGUUUUAGGAGAGGCUCGAAGAGCAAACAAUAGCUACUAUCAAGCUUUAUCUGCAACAUUUGAAAAUCACGGUGGAGAUACAUUCACAGUUGCUAAACGUUUCCCUAUUGGAAAAACUGACUCUAUAAGAGCAUGGAAGGCCUCUGAUCUAAACAAAUUCUACAAUAAGUGGUACAAAUUGAGCAAUAUGAAAUUAUUCAUUGUUGGAGACUUUGACUUGGACAAACUCGAAACCAUGGUGACUAAAUACUGGUCUGCGAAGGUACCUACUCUCGCACCAAAACCACAGCAAGUAGAUCCAGGUCAUGCAACACCAAAAUCUCCUCUCAUCUACUUGGAUGAAAUUAAUGGAUUGAAUGGAAUCAACUUUAACUUGAUGAUUACUUCAAAAUAUGAAGGAUUUCCGAGAAAUUAUAACUAUUACAGAAAAGAAAUAUCCGAUAUGGUGUUUCAGUUGGUUUACACGGCACAAGUAUUGGUAAAAAUGUCCAUGCAAUACCCAGAUUUGGAUUUCACAACACGAUCGGCAGGAGUAGUUCUUUCUAAUGAGUAUCCUUUUGCCUCAAAGUUAACAAUUCUUUCCAUUCUUACACCAGGCCCACAACCUGAAUUAUCCACAUGGAGGGAAGAUUUCAAGUUGGCCAUUGACGAAUUAAGACAAAUUGCAAAGGAACCUUACCCUGCAAUCGUUAUCGCUGUUUCCUAUGCUCUCGAUGUCAUACAUGCUAUUCCAACCUAUUACGCCAAUACUCAAGAUUCAAAAACUCUCGCCAUAGAGUUACUUGGAAAUGAAGAUCCAAACUUUGAGUUUUUGAAUGUACACGACUCGUAUGCAGCCAGAUCUCAAUUCCUUGGUCUUAGCUUUGCCAUGGGAUCUACAUUGGAGCAUGUCAAAGCAACAGCUCAAUACUUGCUGCAAGGCCUUUCAGAUGUCGUUGAUCCACAAAAACCAACCAUCUUUGAAAAUGUGAAACGUACAUCUGAAAUUUCUGCUGCAGUAUUCUUGGGAAGAUCGGAUGACAUGACCAGAAACGCCAAACCAACAAAAGAAGAAAUUGCUACUCUUAUCAAAGAAAUAAUUCACAGCGAUACACCAACUUCAUUUAGCUUGGAUGCUUCAGCUCUGAAUGCCUUGAUGUCAUUGUCCACUUCUCCAUCUAUCUCAGUACCUGAACCAACCUCAACUGGAACCUAUGUAUUAGAGUUUAAAGAUGAUAAUUUAGGUAUAUCAAUUUUCAAACUUUCCAAUGGAUUGAGAGUCAAUCUUAAGAAAUCUGACAGCAACAUGUCAUACAAGAAAGGUCUUUCGUAUAUUGAAAUUACCUCUCUUGGUGGAAAGAACAGCGAAAGUCCAAAUAUCAACGGAGCUUGUGAAUUUGUGAACUUUAAUAUUGUUGGAGGAUCUCGAUUUUUAACCUCUGAGAAAGAACAGUAUUAUCCACAGGCUUCUAAUGUUGGUUUGAGGUGUGGAGGAGACAACAUUAUUCUUAGUGCUGAACUCAGUGCUGCCUGUAUGAAUUAUCCUUCCUCUCUUGACAUUCUUUGUGACAUGAAAUCCAAGUCUUAUGCGGACACAUUCAAGAAGCUAAGAUUAUCUAUGAAUCCAAUCUAUAACAACAAUGUGAAGAAAAAGGUUAUUGCCAAGUUCCAAAAAGAUCAAGGUCUUGAAAUUGAUGACAAAUUCGAUUCAAUGACCUCCAUCAACAGCUAUUCAAUUGAUAAGGUUUUGAAAUCAGCUUUCCCUAAUGAGCACAGACUUCAUCGUGCCACCUUAGAAGAUUUCAAAAAUUUAAAUCCUCUUGCUGUCCAGCAAUGGGUAUCUCAACAUUUUUCCUUGAUUCGUGACAAUGACAACAAGAAUGUAAAUCGAUUUGAAAUCAACAUUGUCGGCGAUGUUGUUGUUGAGAACUUGUUGCCUCAAUUAGAGAAAUGGUUUGGCACCAUUCCAAGGAUUGCAAAACCAGCUGAAAUUCUUGGUUAUGAUAUUUAUGACAAACGUCAAGUUUCAAAAUUCACAGCUGAAUAUCCAAAAGAUUUAACACUUCAGAACACCUCCUACACAUGUGAAGUUUUGUCUUAUUCCACCAACAAGGCUCUUGUUACAGCAAUUUACCCUGGAAACAGUAUUAACUCAGAAAAUCCAUCCAACCUCAGAGCUCAACUCUAUAAUGUUAUACUUUCAAGAUAUGGAUUUGAUGUGGUUCGUUCACAAGGAGGUUUUUCAUAUUUUACAAUCAGUAGACCAAUAUCAACGACACUUUUCCAUAACUUUGGUCUUUCUGCAAGCAUCUUCUUGGUUGGUGACUAUCCCAACUACACGGAAGACCCACUCAACAUUCAAAGAAGUGUGGAAUUCUUAAUUUCCUCUUUAAAGAAGGACAUUUCUGAAGACUUUUUUGUUCAUGCAAGAGAUGAAGCUCUAGCAGCCUAUUCUUUCGCAUUGGACACUGAAUCUGCUUGGAUGUCUCAAAUCAGAGGUCUUUCCAUCACUUCACCAGCGACAUUCCCAUCUGACUAUCCAUUCCUUCGAUCAACCAAUGAUAUUGAUAUUCGUACCUUCCUCAAACAAGCAAAACAUGACGAUUUCAAAGACAUGUUCUCCAAAGAGAUGAAGGACAUUAGUUAUGGAUUGUCUGGUGUGAUGAUUGCUUCAAAUACUCGACAUUCUCAAUAUCCUCUUUGUUCGAGAAGUUGA